AUGGAUGGAGCCAGAAGUGGCCUCGCGGCUCAUGGACAGGGCGCACCUGGGCGUUUUGAAGUCGAAACACGCAUGAUGUUGAGGCCGAAAGCAGCCUGGGAUUCCGGCAAGAUGGUGUUCCGGCGGCAGGGACGCAUUAGCAAGCAUCUCCUGAUGUGCGAGUGUGACAAGUCAAGUCGAGUCAACGGUUUUGUCACUGCCAUUGUCGUCAUGAAGGAGACGUCAAUGGGGGGAUCGGAUUCCAGGACCCCGGUUCAGGAACAGGAACAGGAGGUCGGGGAUGGCCUUCUAGAAGGACCUUCUAGCGCGUACAGGGCCUUGUUGGGAGUCGGGACCUUGGCUAGCGCAGAGGACCCUAGUUGCUGGUGGAGCGGAAUGAGCACGCGCCGCUCUGAGUGUGAUUGA